UAGUGAGCGAAAAAACGACAAAAAGAGCCAAAUAUAUCUAGAAAACGAAGAGACUUUCGCAAUUACUUGACCUGUUAAUAAUGUGUUCCACCCUCAUUCAUUUACAGUGAGCAUUCUUCUAAUAGCAGCCGGGCAUCCGAAUUUCUGACUCAUAAGCUUUUUUCAUGAAUAAUUAUCACUGUUUGGCCAUCUCUGAUGCUUUCAAAGAAAUAUUUGACGUUUUGAGAAAAAUAUCACAUAUUUUUUCAAAAAAUCCAUCUUGCAGGGAUAGGGAAAACAUUUUUAUGGAUAUUUUUUAUUUAUUAUGCUAGACACGAUUCGAUGCACCUCACCAAGGAUUAUUGUGUUUCGUUUUUAUUUCAUCAGUAAAAUCGGACACAUUUCCAGAUAAUUUUUCGUUACCAAUCGAGUCACCCAAUAAAUGUUUUGUCGGACAGUUUAAAUUUGAUUUCGAUGUCAAAUAUCCACUGAAAGAUGGUACGUAUAAAACGGUUAAUUUCGUUGUGGAUAAUUCAACCUAUAUAAAUUACAAUGGCUCAUGUUCCCAAAUGGGCGACAAUACAACUCAUACAUUGACAAUAUACAUGGUGGCCAAUUCCUGGUAUAUUGAUUUGAUUUUUAACUUAAAUAAAAGUAUAGCAUCAUUGCAACAAACUGCUGUUGCAAUGGUUAUUGAUAAUGCAACAUUUCCUAAUGUUGAUACAACAUUAUUCGGAAACUAUAAAGUUGAAAAAAAUGUUUUAUUAUUUAAAGCUGAUCAAGGCAACUCAUUCCGUUGUAAUUCCAAAACAAUAGUCGUUUUUGAUACGCAAAAGAAUAUCACUGUCACAUUAGAUAUGCACGAUGUUCAUGUACAAGCAUUUUAUGACAAUUCACAACCAUUUACGGGUUAUGGUGUUGAAAUCGUUUGUGCAGAUGAUAUGAAGAAAGAUUCAAAUUUGAUUCCAAUUGUUGUUGGCAUUUGUUUGGCUGUACUUGUUGUUAUCGUACUCGUUGCAUAUUUAAUUGGUAGAAGAAGGUGUCGUAACGUUAAAGCUUAA